UCCACAUCCACAACGGAGCCCAUUGCGCCAAGGGAUGAAAACCAACCACCUACAAUGCGAACGUUCUGCAAGCAAAUCACUGCUUGCCAACGCCAGACUCCAUUGCAGCCUCAAAGUAACAGCUUUGGGAAGCACUGGGGUGAAACUGAAGGUCUGUGCAAGAGCUGGGAGGCGAGUUUGAACGGUAGCAACGGUGGCGGCGCGGGGCUGAGGGCAUAAAGGUUAAGUGAAGCUUAAAUGGACUUUUGAAGGUAAUAAAAGGAAGAAAAAAUGGAGACAGAGACCAUUUGAAAUCUUAGACAACAACUGGAAGAAGCAGAGAACGAGCGAAGGAAGGCUGCACAAUAUGGCUUACACUUGUUGGAGUCUCAAAAUGAAAUUCAGAAUCAGUUGGAUCAAAUACGUCGGGAAUUAACGGAGAAGACUGAGAAAUUUGAACAAGAGAAAUAUUCUCUUCAGAGAGAAAUCGAACUUAAGAAUAGGAUGUUGGAAAGCCUGAGUUUUGAAUGCGAUGCCCUCAAGCAACAGCAAAAUGUGCAACUGGAUAAACAGAAAGAACAGCUUACCAGAGCUCAUGGACAAGAAGUCAAUGACCUUAAAUACAAGUUGGAGAAUCUGAAGGCAGAAGUAGAUAAAACUCGGCUCUCUGAGAAACAACUGAGGCACAAAGUGGACCAUCAGAAGGAAAUAAUUGCUGCCAAAACAGAAGAGCUGCACACGAUGUCUGAACGCGUGCAUGAAACCAUGUCUUCAGAAAUGCUCAAUCUUCAGAUGGAGCUCACAGAACUAGAAAGUGUGAAGGCCAGUGUUGAAGAAAAGCUGAAUGAACUGCAGUACAGCAAAGAGCAACUAGAACUCAUCAACAGUAACUUACGUAAUCAGCUGGAGCGUCUACAAGCAGAAAAGGAAGAGAGGGAAAAAGAAGUUGUUUCUUACUGUAAUGCACUAGAGAAAGCUCGUGAAGCUAAUCAAGAGCUUCAGGUUCAGCUGGAUCAUGUGGUGCAGCAAUCUUUGGACCCUGCAAGUAAAGGCAAUUCUCUCUUUGCUGAGGUGGAGGACCGUAGGGCAGAAAUGGAACGACAGCUGAUCAGCUGUGUGCUGAGUACAGCCCUGCAGAUGGGUCAGACGUGUCUGUCCAUGACAACCCUACAGCUGACACCAGCAGUUGGGAGCGCAUUCAUUCACACUGCAGGCAGGACGCGGACAUCCCCGUGUGCCUGCAAAGUCUGUGCUGCAAUGCAGCCAACACCUCAGCAAUUAAGAAGUCAUCAGCUGGCUCGGGAAGGAAAGCUGGGCCAGGAGGGGCGCUGCCAGAGCAGCUGAGGAGCAGCACAGAGA